AUGAAAAGAAUUUUUGAGAUUGGUUGUACCAAAAUGAGCAGCGCAGAGUGGGGCGGCCGCUGGAGAUGCCUGACCUGUUCUGUUCUGAGGCCAGCAGUGCGAUGGAGCGGGGCCAGUGACCAUUUACACCUGAGGUGGACUGCGGAACAGCACGUACCAGAGGUAGAAGUCCAAGUCAAACAUAGAAGGAUAGCCUCACUGAGCAACCAGGAGUGUCACCUGUACCCGAGGCGAUCUCAGCAGCAGCAGCCAGUCCCUGUGGUGGAUUUCCAUGCGGAACUGAGACAGGCAUUCUUAGCUGAGAUACCAAGAGGUGGUUAA